UUCACUGCAAAAUGGCGGCACAGGGUAAAAAAAAGAAGAUAAAGGGGACCAAGAUGGCCCUGACAGAUUUUCUGGCAGAUGGGUCAUCUAAUCAAGCACCUCCAGCCAGAACUGAUUGGGCUGCAGAGAUGGAGAGCAAUGACAUGGAAGAUCUAGACAUGGAUUUUUUAAAGCCAAAGAUAGACAGAUCCAAGUUGCCGACAGCUCCUAAAUCAGCUCGUGGUCCUGAUGUAGAUAUGGAUAAAGUUCCUUCAGUUGCACCAUUCACAGCAUUUAUAGGAAAUCUAGCAUAUGAAACUACAGAAGAUAACAUAGCUGACUUUUUCAAAAAACUUAAUGUUUUAAAUGUGAGAUUGCCAGAAGACAGAGGCAGACUUAGAGGAUUUGGUUAUGUGGAAUUUGCUGACAGACAAAAUCUAUUGGAUGCCCUCAACAUGAAUGAAGAGAAUAUGAUGGGAAGGAAAGUCCGAGUAGAUUUAGCAGAUCAACACCAACAAAAUGAGAACAAAAAAAGUGGUGGUUAUGAUAGACAAACUACUGGUGAUCCUGAUAGAGCAGAAGGCAAUUGGAGGGCACCUCCUAAAAGUUUUGAUGAUUUUGACAGAGGCCCUCAAAGAGGAGGUUUUGAUGAUAGGGGCCCUUCAAGAGGUUUUGAUGAUAGAGGACCGUCGAGGGGUUUUGAUGAUAGAGGACCAUCAAGAGGUUUUGAUGAUAGAGGACCUUCAAGAGGUUUUGAUGAUAGAGGAUCGUCAAGGGGUUUUGAUGAUAGAGGACCGUCAAGGGGUUUCGAUGAUAGAGGACCGUCAAGGGGUUUCGAUGAUAGAGGGCCUUCAAGAGGAGGGGGAUUUGGAAGGGAUAGGUAUGAUGACAGAGGUCCACCGAGAGAUAGAUAUGAUGACAGGCGACAAGGAUAUAAUGAUAGAGGAGGUAGAGACUUUAAUAGAUUUGAAGACCGAGGCCCUCCAAGAGGAGGAUAUGACGACAGAGGUCCACCAGGGGCUGAUGAUGGUGGACGGAGACCAUUUGGUAGCAGUUAUAAUCGUGACAAUAGACAGGGAAGCAGACCAGAAAGACAGAGUCCAACCAGAGAAACACCAGCAGAAAGGCCUCGAUUGAAUUUAAAACCUCGUACUAAAGCACCAGAAGAUGCCCCAACGACAGAUAAACCUCCAGCAAGGAAACCUUCAGCAAAUAUAUUUGGUGAUGCUAAACCUGUUGAUAUAGUAGCUAAAGAGAAAGAGAAGGAGAGAGCUGCCCCAACGACAGAUAAACCUCCAGCAAGGAAACCAUCAGCAAAUAUAUUUGGUGAUGCUAAACCCGUAGAUACAGCAGCCAAAGAGAGAGAAAUUGAGGAAAGGUUACGUAGGGGAAGAGAUGAUGAGAGUAGAAGAAAAGCUGAUGAAGAAAAAGAAAACACUAAUAAUACUAGUCCUGGAUAUCGACCUCGUCAAUAUAGUGGAGAAGAAGGCAGUGGAAGACAGAGAAGACUGAGUAGUAACAGUUCAGGUAAAGGUAGACCAGGACCUCCUCCUGUUACCUCUCCUGGUAAGCCGAGACGUGACAGUGAUGUAUCUAAUCAUUCACAAGAAGUAUUUUCUGGUGGUGAGGAAACGAAAGAAGAACCUCGUAGUCCAGUCUCUCCAGCUCAUAGAGAUGAGGCUGCCUCAAAAUUAGUGCCAGCUCCUCCCCCACCAGUUAAUAUCUGGGAGAAGAGAAAAGAAACAGUAGUCAAAACUGCCGUUGUAUCAGUGAAAUCACCAAUGGAGUCCCAUACUCACAUCAAGUCAGAAACACGGUCUAUAGCAGAUGUACCUAGUUCUUCAUCUUCAUCAUCCUCAACAUCACAGUCUCCAGAAAAUAAGGCAGCACCUCCACCUAAGGAUAAUCCCUGGACAAGACGGCAAUACAAUAAAGAAUCAGAUGAACCCGUUAGUAGCAGUCCUAUGGGAAAACCUGCAGGAAGGGGUGAACGUUCAGAUUCAAGGGGUCGGGGUAGAGGUCAUGGAGGAUAUCCUGAUAAAGGCAGAGGACAAGAAAGUAAACCAAGACAUGAGAAGAAAAUACCCCAGUCUAUUGAUGAAAUGCCAAAAUAUGAACCACAAGUGCAGAAGGAUUUUAGACAAAAAAAUAAAUUUGCUGGGUUAUUAGAUGAUGAGGAUGAAGACAAUGGUGAAGACUCCACAUGAAAAUAGAAGGCUUUCAAAUUCAAUAUUAUAUGUGGAUGAUAAGAGAUUUCUCUGUAAAAUAAGCAUUUUAUAUUUGUGUUCUUUUGGAACAUCACCAAUGUAAUUCAAUGACAAGUCUUUAAUUUAUUGAUAAAAUGGAGCAAUUUUCAUUGUAUAUUCUUGUAUGUGUGUGUCUUAACUCAGUACUAACUAUCAUGUUUAUCAUCCCAUGUCAUAAAAGUGCUUUGUUAUAGAAGGAACAAUUGUAUUUUGUUCCAGUAUAACAGUUCAGGUUUAACAUUUGCCAGAAAGCUUUCAUACAUGGUAUAUUUUGUCAUCAUAGUCUCAUGACAUUGCUAUAUCAUCAUUGUGAUUCCUCAGCGUUUGCGAGAGACUUUGACCUUUUAUUUCACUAUUGUAACUCAAGGACCCCUUAAGAAUGCAUCUCUUCUUAGACCCUUAGCCAAAAGGCUUUCAUACUUGGUAGGAUUGUUUUGUCAUAAAGUGUUACUUGCCAUACUAUACUGUCACUUUGAUAUGACAAAUGUUUAGAGGCUAUUGGACCGUUGUUGAACUAUGAGACUUAGUAAUGCUGUUUCUAGUUGCAGCAGCUGCAUCAUUUAUCUGAAGCCUCAAGGUCACAAACUUUAAGUUUAACUUUAUACAAAUUCAGAUAAGGGAUUAUAUAAAAUGUCAUUACCUUGAAGGACAUUAGAUACAUGUUGUCAACACUUAGAAGACAUAAGUAAGGUUGGAAUGAUAUGUUAAUGGGAUUUGUAUUACUUAAUAUUCGUUAUCCAAAACAUGGUUAAGUCUCUUUGAACAUGUAGUUUCUUUUGAAUUCCUUAAUGACAUUUUUCAACAGAUUUUUUUUAUAUUUAUACGUUAAUAAAAGGUCCUAUUUUUAUGCGAUCUCUGGCUUUUCAUUCAAUCACAGUACUAUGUCUAUAUUUGCUUUCAAUAUUCACAUUUUUAACUUGCUCUUUGUAUAAAGCUGAGUCUGAUAUAGCCCUUUUAAAUAUGUUAAUAAAACACAUGCUGAUUUAACCUAUGAAUGUGUGCUCGUUUCCAAACAAUGGAAUCCUUGAAUUAAUUUUCAAUGAAUAUUUUUUUAUAUCUUAUUAUUCAUUUGAAACUGAUUGUUAGGAUAUAUUAUAAUGCUGAUUAAUACAUGACAUUGAAAUCUUUAAAUGAAAAGCUAUUAUCUAAAGUGAUAUUAUGUCAAAUCAGAGGCAUAGAUUACCUUAGCCAUAUUUGGCACAACUUUUAAGAAUUUUGGAUCCUGUAUGCUCUUCAACUUUAUACUUGUUUGGCUUUAUAAAUAUUUUGAUGUGAGCGUCACUGAUGGGUCUUUAUGUAGACGAAACGCGCGUCUUGCUUACUAAAUUAUAAUCCUGGUAGUUCUGAUAACUAUAUGAUUUAACAGAAGUCAUUUCUGCUAAAUUUUCUUUAUACAAGAUCAUUCAUUGCUUUUAACAUGUCUGUAAGAGAUGAAUCUGCAUGGAUAAUUUCUAUAACAUCUCAGAUAAAGACAUUUCCCUUUAGUAAAACACUCCUUAUUAAAUUAUAAAAUCAAAUUCUAAUCAAUAAAAUCUUAAAUCAUUUCUGGGUUUAGAAUUAACCUUGUUUUUCUCAGGACCAUUCAAGUUUGUCAGAGCAUUCUUAAUUGUAUUAUCAUCAUAAGAAAUAUUUUUCAUAAUAGCAUGUUGAAUGCUCAAUAAUCAUGUUUAUUUCAAUUAUAAAUUUACUUUACAGUUAAUUCUCUAUAAACACUACAAUAGGAAAAAGUAUCAGAAGCAUGAAAUUUAUUUUAAAUUUAUUUUGUAAUACAUUUGUAUAUUUCCUCAUCCAGUUACAUUAUAAUGCUUUCAGUAUGUUCUUAAUACAUACAAGUCUUGAAUUUGUUUGAUCAUAUUUUUGGGGUAUCUGGUUGAUUGAUACAUUAAUACUGAAUGAAUUGUAUGUUUCAUAAAUAAUUUAUUUUCCCUAUGUGUGUUAUUAGCUGUAACAAAUGAUUUUGCUGAUUUAUUAUUAUGAAUUAAAUGAAUAUUCAAGAGUUUAAUCUGAUAAUGUACAUACAAUGUAAGUUUUCCUGCAAUUAGGGAAAAUUUGAAUAAAGUAUUUUAAAGAA